GCCUGACUGUAUUCGUGCGAGUAUCUUCCUCCCUCCUCCCUCCUGCCUCCUGCCUCCCUGCAUCUGACAGUGUCCCUCCCUCUUUCUCUCGCCUCCUUCUCUCAUUAGGCGUAUGACCGGCAAAACACCGACACACUCCCUUUCCCUUAACCCGGGAAAUAAACACGGAACGGCGGCGGUCAGGAUUGACUUCCCCCAGUGCGCACCAUUCAUGGUCCUCCCCUGGAUGUCUGUCUGACAGGAGGGUUGGUGUUAUAUUGCUGAAGGAUCAGACCUUGAGUCACAAGUAAGAGAGCGGCAUAGGACUCCUCUCGGACAACAGGGAGCGGCAGGCAUGCAGGACUCGGCUUCGGACAGCAAGAUGGCCAAACAGGAACAGAACUCCAAGCAUCUGGAUGAACACAGAGAAACAGACGACAUGUCUGAGAAGACGUCCCCAAACAAGAACCUCAGAUCUCCCCAGAAAGGCUCCAAACGACAUAAAACCGUCCCCUUCAAAGUGACUCUGCUGGACACCUCUGAAAUUGAAGCAGAAAUUGAGAAACACUCCAAAGGACAGGCCCUGAUGGACAUGGUGUGUGAGCACCUCAACUUGCUGGAGAAGGACUACUUCGGUCUGACCUUUGCCGACACAGACACCCAGAAGAACUGGUUGGACCCCUCAAAGGAGAUCAAAAAGCAGAUGCGCAACUCUCCAUGGCACUUUGCCUUCGCUGUCAAGUUCUAUCCUCCGGACCCCUCCCAGCUCACUGAAGAUAUUACCAGAUACUACCUGUGUCUGCAGCUGAGGGAUGACAUGCUGUCAGGUCGUCUGCCGUGCUCGUUCGUCACUCACGCUCUCCUGGGCUCCUACACUGUUCAAGCUGAGCUGGGGGACUAUGACCAGGACGACCAUGGCGCCGACUACGUCAGCGAUUUCCGUUUUGCCCCGAAUCAGACUCGCGAGCUGGAGGAGAGGGUGAUGGAGCUGCAUCGAAACUACAAGGGGAUGACUCCAGCAGAGGCUGAAAUUAACUUCUUGGAGAAUGCGAAGAAACUCUCCAUGUACGGGGUGGACCUGCAUCACGCUAAGGAUUCUGAAGGCAUUGACAUAAUGUUGGGUGUCUGUGCCAACGGCCUGCUCAUUUACCGUGAUAGGCUGAGGAUCAACCGCUUUGCCUGGCCAAAGAUCCUUAAGAUCUCCUAUAAGAGGAGCAACUUCUACAUCAAGAUACGACCUGGAGAGUAUGAACAGUUUGAAAGUACAAUUGGUUUUAAGCUUCCUAACCACAGAGCUGCCAAGAAGCUGUGGAAGGUCUGCAUUGAGCAUCACACCUUCUUCCGGCUGGUGUCUCCAGAGCCUCCUCCUAAGGGCUUCUUGGUGAUGGGUUCAAAGUUUCGAUACAGUGGAAGGACACAGGCUCAAACCAGACAGGCCAGCUCUCUUAUAGACCGGCCUGCUCCGCACUUUGAACGUUCCACCAGCAAGAGGUACCUGCUCUCCAGGAGCUUGGACGGAGCAGAGUUCUCACGGCCAGUGUCAGCCAUGUGUGAGAACCAUGAUGGUCUAUCCCACCGCAGCAUCAGUGAACAGCGUCGCCUCCACAGCCCCUCUGUGGACGAACAGGAGACCGAGCUGGAGCCCAGUUUGGAGCAGGACGAGGAGGACAAGGACCAAGAGCGGGGCCAGGAGCAGGACAAAGACCAUGACGGCAAUGUCACUCCAAGCAAAAAAAAAGAGAUCAUGGAGGAGGCUGGGUCACCAGUUGACAGUAAACAGGAGCUCUCUCAGUUGGACCAGGAGGCCACUCCUCGGCACAAGCAGGAGUUUCUGGAUAAGUCACAGGACUUCUUGCUGAAGCACCAGGCCAGCAUCAACGAGCUGAAGAAAACCCUGAGGGAGCCAAACAGCAAGCUGAUGAACCGUGAGAAGCGUCUGUCAGUCACCUCCCCAACCGGCACACCAGAGAAGAAGGCUUUGGCGGGCCGAGCAGUGGGAAAGGACCCUGUUAACAGCCUGUCUGUUGAGGGUUUCGUCCAGAAGACUCUGGUGACUUCACCUGAGGGUUCUGAGGAGUGGGUAUUGAUUGAAAAACAGGAAACUUAUCAACAGGACUAUGACUGGAAGGCAGAAGAAAAGAACAAAUCUCUCACAUCCGAUUGCUCCUGGGAGAAAAAGGAGCUGGAAAAACAGAUAGACAUUACCAAGAUGAUACAUCAAGAGGUAACAGGGUAUGACAGGAAGGAAAUGAAAAGCCACGUUGAUGAUUUCCCAUCAACAAAAUCGUCCAGAGAGGCAGAUAUAUGCUCUGAGCCACGGCCAACUAACAAAAGUCGUUUUGUGAUUCAAUUAUCUGAGAAUGCAGACUUGUUUCAAGACAAAUCUCAAAGUAAACCAUCUCAAGCCUCAGACCCUGAGGCAAACAACGACGUGGCCCCAGGCUCGCGCCAGAUAAAGGAACGCAAAGCUUCUAAACCGAAUAAAAAGAGGAGACCCCAGAGCUUAAACCUGGGCAUGCCCGCGGAGCUCAUCUACGAGCAAGGAGGCAGUGAUUCUACUGGAGAAGAAAACGAGGGCUCAGACUCGGACAACAGUCCAGAAAAAAACUCUCAAACGGAAAAUCAUUGUGAAUCAUCGCCAGUGGUGUUAAUGAAAUAUGAUCAAGGUUCAGGAAAGGAUCAGUUUGUCAGGGUCCAUAGAGAGAACAAACAAGAGGAUGUAUCACCAGGAGAAAGCAGGGAGAUCUCCGCUGAAGAAACACAGCAGGUAAAGAGAAAAGUGAGUCACAUUGGGCCAGCAGAUAUCGAUUUAGGCUCAGUGAACGGACCCGGAAAGAUAGAACAUGAUAGUUCAUUACCAGGUGUUAAAGGGGAGUGCGUGAUGAAGGUGCGAGGAAAGGGUCUUAUUGACAACAAAGAGCUAGCGGAGGUAAAGCUGCGACAGGUCAGGACACAUGAGAGGAAGAUCAGUAGUUCUGGGUCGGAGGAUAUUGAGGGUUUCAUGGGAGACAGAGGUCAGAGGACAUCUCUCCACCGACUGUCAGGCAGCAGCUACCAGUCGGAAAUCACCAGGAUUGUUCCUCUUAAGCCAGAGCGGUCAAAGAGCGUAGCCUGUAAGGAUGAAAGGGACAGGGCAGGACAGGACGAGGCCACACGGGCCUUCAGAAGAGAAUACCGCUGGUCGGUCGGCUCGCCGGAGGGACCCUCAGACCUCAACUGGACUGAUGUCUCCACUUUCCAUUCAGCAUUCGCAGCAGAUCUGGAGGGUAUCGCUAAAACAGAUCAUCCCGAUGACGGCUCUCAGCCUGGUAGAGGACCUACAGACAGUCAGUCGUUCGGCUCUAAGAUUUUAGCUCUUCCCAAAAUGGCUCCCCCAGCCCCGCCAGUGAAAACACAGAAGGCCAGGGAGUCUGGACUAAUACUGCGGAACAGCCGAAAUGCCGGCAGGGAGCCGAGCCUGGACGCAGCCAAGAAGAGACAUUCGGAGCCUGUCUCUACUCCUGCCAUUUAUGAAGAGCCGUUUUCUGAUUUCAAGAAGGAGCUUGGGGACAGGAGGCCCCAGCUGAGCUUAGCCUCAGAGGAGGAGCAGGAGCGGGACACAGUGGCCUGCAUGAGGGAAACCCACCUGGGCAUCGAGCGCAAGUGCUCCAGCAUGACUGUCAGCUCUACGUCCAGCCUGGAGGCCGAGGUCGACUUCACUGUCAUCACGGACCUCCACUCCGGCGUGGAGGACUUCUCUAAGGGCAUGUCAGAGCUGGGAGAGAGGGAAGAACAGCUCGAGGUGGGCCGAGAGGACUUUGAGGAGACCUCCAGGUUCUACUCUGCCCGUCUAAUGGGCUGUCGGGACAAGUCUCCCAUAGAGGAGAAGCUUCCUGAGGAGGGAACGCAUCAUGAGCCUCCUGUGGCAAAGAAAGACCCCAGUGCUGUGAGUGUGGCUCAUUUGCUGAAGAGGUCUGACAGCAAGACAGAAACACAUACGAAUGGAUCAGAGAUCCACCCCCACAUCAUGAAUGUCUCACCGCAGAACUAUGGAGUCGUCAGCCCGCGGGAGGCUCCUGCUGCCCUUAAAGAAAAUGGAUCUCCUGUAAAAGCUGCCCCCCAGGAGAGGGAGUCUGUUGUGUCCCCGCUGACAAUCACAGCUGAGAGCGUCACCUCAGCAACCACAACUCAAGUUACCAAGACUGUGAAAGGAGGCUACUCGGAGACAAGAAUCGAGAAAAGGAUUAUAAUCACAGGAGAUGAUGAUGUGGACCAACAUCAGGCUCUUGCCAUGGCGAUCCAAGAGGCCAAGCAGCAGCACCCCGACAUGCUGGUGACAAAAGCAGUGGUGAUCAGGGAAACAGAGUCUCCCACUGAGGAGCUGCAGCAGAAAGCAGAGUCCUGAUCGGUCAUGGUGGCUCCUGAGACACGGGGACAGGAGAAGAUCCUCCAGCUGUGUGUCUCCUGCCCCGCCCUGCAGUACGCCACCAACCAGAUAUGAGGACUUUCUACCCGGUCUGUGUAUACACCGACAUGAGAACGGACUGCAAUUCAUGAAGCAGUAGGCCUCCACUCCUGUCCCUUUAGACAAAGCAACUGUGACUUGGCUUUUGACCCAACCAGGCCUCCGGUUUUGUCCCGGCCCUUCUCAGCUCUCCAUCUCCUUGGAACAGGAAACGUCUUCUACUGGGUGAUUUCACACCUGAUUUAAUCAACUGAAGGGAUGUAAUGUAAGACCCCAUCACAGCUAUUACUAUUUGAAUUCACCUCUUUACUUGCAUAUUAAUUAAUCUAAUACAUUUUCUCUUCUUUAAAUCCCGAGGGUCAUUUGACUCAAUGAGUUUUCAAUCCCAGCCCCAAUAGCCUUCCCUCACGAAAUCACGAAAUCCUUUUUUCUUUUAAGGCCUCAAACAUUUACCCUGUCUCACAUAUAAAAUGAAUAAGAUACAAGAGCAGAGGAGGGCUGAUCGAAAGGAUGGAGACAAUGCUGGUGGUGGGGUGGUGGAGAGGUUGGUGCCAAGUGGCAAGAGGCAGCCUUUUGCUCGUUGUUGCCACCUCCUGGCUGUGACACCUUCAGUAUAAUCAACUGCUGUCUUAUUAGCUUUUUACAUUUUUAUCUAUAGAGGAUCUAAUUUAUGUCCAGUGUUCGCUUGUUUAUGAAAUAUGUAUAAUAUCAGAUGAUUAUAAUGUGCAUGAUUCAGUUACACAAUAGCCAAGAGAAUGGAAAAUAAAAUACACAGAAAUGUCCACAUUUGAAAUCCAUAAGAAGCUCUGAGAUGAUGGGACUGAGCACCUACGGUGAAAUGCUGCGUGGACACACAGUGAUCUCGAUGGACUCUACUGACGAAGAAGUAACACUUCAGCUGGAACUCUGCUUUGGUCCCAGUCUCUAACACAGAAACAUCACUGUCCUCGUCCCAUUUCCCCCCACUCACGGUUACUGUUUUCAUUUUGCUGUCAACUUGCCAUAAAGAAAUGCUGGUCACAUGUUCCGGGCACAGUUAUGAGAUUUUUAGAGAAAUUUUAAUAUAAAUAAUGUUUUGUCUAAUAUGUUUCAGAAAUGUGAUGAUAAUGUUUUACUUGAUUUUACUAACUUUCAUCAUGAAACAGAGUUUGUCGGUUAUUCUUGUGUUUUUGGACGUUUCAGUCUUCACGUGUGGACAAGAGUGUUUGUGCUGUGACUUGGCUCGAUGCUGUGUUUCGCUCAUUCUGCUUGUGCCUGAAAUAUCUGGCUGUCUGUGUGCAGUUCAUUCAAAAUUUAGAAUCUUAACAGACGCCCCUGUCAGUAAUCAAAGUCGGCAUCAUAUUCAUUUGUUGAACCUGCUGUAAUUGAUUUCUUUGCCAUUUGGAGAGCGGUGCAACAAGCCGCAAACACAGCAUUGACAUAACAGCUGGGUGUUAGCAAACAGUUGUCUCUUCACGCAUCCCGCAUACAAGGAACAUUAUUUGGAGUCAUGUUGGCCACCUGGAGAAUGAAAGUACAAUAUACACUCUUCUUUUAGCUCUGUUUUGUCUGUCUUAAUGGAAAUAUUUGGCUCAUUAGCUGCUAAAUGCUCUACUGUGUUUGUAAAACCGAAAGAAUGAGCUAAAAAAGCGCUACAUACAGGGGAGGGAAACACAGUUGGGUUAGUUGGGAUAGUUCUAUGUGGGCUCGUUACUGUGAGCAACACCUUUUACAUCACACACAGUUCAUUUGAUUCAAUUGUAGUAUAAAAACAUUGAUCAUAUCAGUUUUAAACAGCAACUUCAAAAGCAAUGUAAAGAAAUACAUUUUCCAGUUUUUAAUCAUAUGUGCAUGUUGACAAACCUGCCUGAAAAGUUCAAAACCACAAGAUUAACAUGGUAUUUUUUUUGUUUUCUAUUGGAUUAACUCUUUUAAGUUAUGGUGUAUGAGUUUGCAGUUGUAUUUAUAGGGAGUGGUGAAUGUGAGGCCUGUGCUUUUCGUCCCUGUUCCCCUUCCAGACAAAGCCCAGAUAGGUAGUGUGAACCUGUUGGCUGUCACAGGACAUAUAUCCUGAAUGAUCUUUAAUAAUAUACUAUGCAUCACUUAUCAUAGCCUACAUGAGAAUCCCUCUGAUGGAACCUGACCCAUGUUAGCCGCGUUGUUGUCAUUGUUAACUUUGUGCUACUGUUAACCGAAGCAGUGAAGCGCACGGCUUGUGAGAUUUGCAAUAAGCAGCCAUUAUUCUUAUCCUCUGUCCUCUUAAGGGAGAAAACUGUGAACUCUCAUGCGUACCGAAGCGUAACCAAAACCUAUAACACCGAGUAAGUGAUAUUCAAAGAAGCUUUUCCAACACUUGUGACCAUGGCUUUGUCGCCCUUGUCCUCUAAUCCUCCCAUCCCCUGACUUGAAACUGUCAACCUGCUGUUAAUGUGUCUGAGGAAACAAGAAAUUCCCAACCUGAUUGUUUGUAUAUUCCAUUUUGCUCUGUUUUAUUUUUCUGUUGAUAUGACACUGGACUGUUGUGAAGGCACUUGCUUGCGGUGAUCGCAGCACAUAUACUGUAAACUGCUGGGAAAAUGAUCUGUCUGUGCUGUAGUAUUGGACACACUACUGAUGGAGGAGAAACGACUGUAAGCAUCAGGAGAGAAGCUGUGUACUGUGGACAAGGUGGUGAGUUGAAGGAUGGAAGGCCUGUAUUUAUAGAUAUAAAAAUAUAUCCACACUCCUGUGUAUUAUCCUGUAAACUAUGUAGAAAUUGACAGGAGCAGGGGUUUCUUUUUAGGUUCAAGAGACGGGUGGGUAAGAAUAAUCCGAAGGUCAGCAGUGCAACAGAAAUAUCACGAGUGGGUCCCUUGUGUUUGGAGUCAUGGUUAUGGGAGCAGGUGAUCAGUGCUCAGCUGAAAGUGCUGUUAAUCACCACGAGGCAGAUGCAGAAAUGACGUCUCGGUCCAAGGUUGAGGAAGAGCUGUCAUGUCUGUGAUGAAUGUGACAUUGAGCGUGGUGACUCUCAGUAAGUCUCUCAGAAGCUGAGCUGUUCUCAGCGUGAUGGAAACAUUUAUUGGCCCCAUUAACAUAGAUAACCAGCAUAGUCCAGAUGGUGGAUAUGAACCUCUCUUUUCCUGAGAAGAGCGUCAAACUGCCCCGCUGUUUAGCCUCCACCUUCAAUUCUCCACUGCCUUUUGCUCUACAUUCCCUUAGUGCUUGGUGGUGUGUAUUUUGCUGUAUUUGCAUUCAGUCUAAAUGGAAAACAUACAUGCAUAAAUAAAUGUCUCAGUAUGAUUCAAA